AUGGCAUCUACUCCAGUUUCGUCGAUCGCCUCUUCGGCGACCAAUGUUGCCGACGUCCUGGCGUCGCUCGGCAACGACGAACUGGCGGCGGAGGUUGGGAGCUGGUCGGCGGAGCUCCAAGCCAAGGUGGUGGCGGCGGUAUCCGCCCUGUCUUCGACGCCGACAUCGACAUCGGCGUCCACGGCGGUCCGGCGCCGCAAGAGCAACAAGCUCGACGCGGCCUCCUCCUCAACGGCAGCGUCAUGGUUGGCCCCGGCGGUGGCGCCGGCUGAGCUUACGGCGGAACUCGCCGCCAUCCAAGAAGGCGACCGCUCUCCGGCGGCAACGGGGGACAACAUCGACGCGUCGGCCUGGCCCGAUGUGCCGGCGGAAGUCCUCAUGGCGAAGCGCCCGCCGACGGAGUUGCGGCAGCCCGGCCCAGAGCCGGCCCCGCUGCAGCGACAGAUCGCCGCAGAGAUGUCCAAUGCGGCGCAGGAGACCGGCAACUGGGGGAGAGCCGGCGAUGGCGGCGGCCUCGGCAACUUCCCGUCGCCUGAGGAGGCCAGGGCAAAGCCGGCGCACCGACAUGACCGGCAUGGACCGCUGCUGCUGACUGGUCCGGCGGGGGCGGCUGGCUCGACGUCAUCCUCUUC